AUGUCUGAGUCUGAGGCCCAGAAGACUAUCGCUGAGCAUGGAGGAUAUCCGCUACCAACAGAGGGGCAAUCGCCACAUGGGAUCUUUUGGAGGGCACAGGCCUUGGCAUUGGCCUCUGCUUCUGCGGCUAGUAUCCCUCCCUUCAAAGACGCCCCCAGCACUCUUUGCCAGCCCGCAAUGCCAGAAACCGACGCUGCCAAGAACAAACUUGCAGCCACUACCAAAGUGCCCGCGUCCAAAGCUGGACUAGGCCCCGUUGUGCCACACACAGAGGCACGAGAUAGGCCGCCUCCACUCUGUCCGGCGCUAUGCUCGCUGCAAAGAGUCCCUGCAGCCAACGGCGGCUCGCUGCUUCACCUUUGGAUGAUAGGCGGUACAUCACAGAGGAGCAGUGAGACAUGA